AUGCUUAAUGAAGAAGUAAGACGAAAGGAUGUAAAUCUUGAGAAUCGAGCUCUAGUCACAGAGAACAGGGAUAAAAACAUUGACAGAGAUCUCCGGGGGUUGCCCGGAGGCAAUGGAAAUGAUGGCGAAACGACCAAAAAUAAUGGAAAAAGAGGGUUUUUGGAGACUGUUGAUUUGAAACUUAACCUUUCAACAACUAAGGAGGCGAUGGCGAACGAAACUGAAAAGAUGAAGGAGAAGAGCUCUGUUGCUCCUCUAUCUACUGACCCUGCAAAGCCCCCUGCAAAGGCACAAGUGGUGGGAUGGUCACCAGUCAGAUCCUUCCGGAAGAACAUCAUGGCCGUCCAGAAGAACAGCUCCGAGGAAGAGGCCGGCGAGAAGGCUGGCAGCAGUACUGCCACCAACACCACCAGUGCAGCAGCGUUUGUUAAGGUCAGCAUGGAUGGUGCACCCUAUCUACGCAAGGUGGACUUGAAAUUAUACAAGAGUUACCAAGAACUCUAUGAUUCCUUGGGCAAAAUGUUCAGCUCCUUUACUAUUGGUAACUGUGGGUCACAAGGAAUGAAAGAUUUCAUGAAUGAAAGCAAAUUGAUAGACCUCUUGAAUGGUUCUGAGUAUGUUCCAACUUAUGAAGACAAAGAUGGAGAUUGGAUGCUUGUUGGUGAUGUCCCAUGGGAGAUGUUCGUUGAUUCAUGCAAACGACUGAGAAUCAUGAAAGGAUCUGAGACAAUUGGACUUGCUCCAAGAGCAGUAGAGAAGUGCAAGAACAGAAGUUGAAGCAGUUUCACAAACAACAAUCUCAGUUGAAAUCAAACGUUACAAAGAUAAAAAACAGAGCGGCAAACCGGCUCGAGUAUAGGGAUUGAGUAGGGAGUUUGAAUGUGUUCAUCAGCAUGAAGAAAAAAAAAAUUAUGAGGAAUAUAUUGGGAGAUUUAUUAAUGGACAAGAAAUCAAAUAAUAGGAAAUCAAUAAGACUUUGCUUUUCUUCUGUGUAACCCUGUUUUAUUGUCAAUGGCUUGUUUAAUAAUUUCUUAAAAAUAUUAAUGUUUUUAGUUGUCAUGAGUGUUUUUUUU